AUGGACUCUCCCGAUCACGAGCACGCCUAUUCGGGCGACCUGGGAGAACCUACGAGGCCACGACAGCUGCCCUCGGAUCUGCCCACAUCCCUCAAUGACAGGCGACCUGUGACUAUUAUGAACGAAGAAACCGAGAUCUACGACGCCUGGCAGGGCCAGUCGCAAUUCCUCACCACGCCCAUGCCCGCUCGUCCACUUGACUUCAACCUUUCGCUCGACGACCCAACUUUUGGCGACGAAGACAUGCAGCAGCUUGAGGACAGUGACAGCCGACUAGUGCAGAUGUUGGCACACCAAGCGCGUCUAAAGAACGAAAAUGGAGGCGACGAAGCAAAGGUCGUUGCCGAUGAGAAGUUGUCACACGAGGAAAAGAGAGAGGCACUACAAGGCUUGUUCACACUAGCAGCGUCUAACGGUGAACUGGAAAGGGUAAAGCGGUUGCUGGAUGGGAAGGCGCGGGAAUACAUCAACAUCAACGGCGUCGACGCCGAGGGCACGCCGCCACUAGUCUACGCAAGUUGCUUUGGACACGAAGAUGUGGCAGCCACACUACUUGAGCAGGGCGCAAGUGUUGAUAUGCAGGAUAAGAAUCGCUGGACGCCGCUCAUGUGGGCUAUGACGAACCGACACAAGGAUAUCGUCAAGCUCCUGCUCGAUCAUGGCGCAUCGACAGAUGUCAAGUCUUCUGGAGGAAGAACCGCUUUCGACUUCGUUGAACCCAACACCGAGCUGUCUGACUACCUCCACGAGAGUGGAUACGCCAUUGGCAACGUAGGCGUCGGUGACGACUUCUACAGCUCUGGAUUUUCCCAGGACCGCUUCGAGCAGGAAAUGCAGGAAAACGACAUGAAGCGCCGCAUGAUGAUGGAAAGUGCUUUCAAUCUCGAGGUUGAUAUCGGUAAUCUAGGUCUGGACGAACAGCCCGAGUCACCCGAAGAACCAGAAGAAGAAGCACAAGAAUUUAUCUGGGACAGGUGUCUCAACGACCAGAUGUUUGUCUUCCAAGAAAGCGAGCUCGAACGUAUACUGGAUAUCAUCAUCACGAACAUGACGCCACAACGCUCUCCAUCGCAAAAGCCAGUGCCCGCAAAUAUACUCUUUCUAAGUGCGCGUUAUGCGCAUUACCAUGCGAAUCCUGAACUUCUGGAGACCUUGCUGGUAUCUGCUAUGAACAAGAUCAACGACGUUGUAGAGAAACAUCAGUGGGAUAUGACAGUGCUGGCUUUCUGGAUGUCUAACGCGACACUACUAUUGCAUUACCUCAAGAAAGACGGCGGGCUCAUGAGUUCAACUACCGAAUUCCAGCUGCAGAUGGCAGAACUUAUCAAUGAGAUUUUCAUCUUGAUUAUCCGUGAUGCCGAGCGCAGGAUGGACAAAAACUUAGAUCAGGCGAUGCUCGACCAUGAGCCCAUGCCUGGUUUCGAAGACGUGCAAUUCCAACACGAAUGGAAAAUAUUCCGUUCCAAGCCCAAAGCAAAGCCGAUAGAACCGCUCGAGAAACGCUUUCGGCCGCCAUCUCCAAAGCGCAGAGCACAGCCAUCACCGCGAAACAUCACCUCACUUCUCUCCUCAACCCUCUUCGUUCUUGAUCUGUACGAUGUACACUCCGUCAUCGCGGCGCAGGUACUAUCGCAGCUCAUCUACUGGCUGUCUGCCGAAGUCUUCAACCGCAUAAUGUCGAACCGAAAGUAUCUUGCGCGAACUAAAGCCAUGCAAAUACGCAUGAACGUCUCGACGCUCGAAGACUGGGCGCGUUCCAAUAAUCGACAACCUGAACACUACGAGAAUGGCUCCAUGACCUCCACCGGGGAGAACACUGCGGACGCUGCUAAACGCCACCUCGAGCCUCUGGUGCAACUUCUCCAAUGGCUACAAUGCUUUUCCUCGCUCGGAGAAGACCUAGAGUCGCUUGUCGGAACAUUGCAACAACUCACACGCCUGUCACCGCAACAACUACUACAUACCGCGAAAUACUAUCGACCAGAAGUGGGUGAAAAGACUCUUCCAAAAAGCGCUUCCAAAUACAUUGUACACUUGCAGAAAGCUGCCGCAGAUCGUAAAGCCGCGCGCGCAAGGUCACCCAAUCCGCCGCCCCAGUCCGAAUCUGUACCUUCCACACCAGUUAGAGGCACCUCCGACAAACCCCCGGAGCCUUCGCCUGCACCUUCGAGAAUGUCCGAAGAAGACGAAAAGGACGAAGCACCAGACGAGCUCCUCCUAGACCCUUCGUACAUGCUGCCAUUCUCACUACCAACAUCGACAGAUAUGCUCAUCACAUAUGGUGCCGGAUUCGGGGGCGUUAACAAAGAACGUGAACGAAAAUACAUUCCCACCGUACCACCCGAGUUUAUGGCCAAGCUGGACUUGAAUGGGGGUAGUAACAAAAAUGAAGGAUCCUACUAUCAGGAAUCACAAUGGAACGAUCCGAGCUAUGGGUGA